GUGAUUGUGUUUAUAGAUCUAGGUCACAGACCUAUAUAAAUCUACCAUGUAAAAAAUACUUCAUAGUCAUAGAUCUAGGUCUAGAGAUUCUUGUAUACUUGACUGACUAGAAAAACACACAGAUACAGUGUUACCAACUUACUGUUAGAGACUUAGAGCUUGAUGCUGCUUGAUGCAACUGAGUGUGGCUCUGUAUUUUAGACCGUGAGACGUGGUGGCCUUGCAGUAUUCAAAGUAAUCUACACAAUGUCCGUUACAGAGCGUCAUCUCAACCUAAUCAGGUUAAAGCUUGAAAUGGUUCAGGAAGAAAAAAAACAAUUAAUAGAAGCUGUUGAUUCUCAUUUAAGUCAAAUAUUACAUUAUGGUCACUUGUUUGUUGAUACUCAUGAUAAAUGUGAAAUGAGCUUUAAAGACAUUAGCUUGGAAAUUGAGAAUGCUAUUAUUCGUCUAGGAGAUGCAACGGCAAUUUUUAAAUCCAAAAGUAGGCCAGUCGAGUCACAUCUACAAAGUUUUGUCGAUGCUCCAUAUGAAUCAUCAGGUUCUCUAUCUUUUGAAGUCUUACAGAAAUUACCUAUUCAACCAUCAUAUGUUGAACAUUCCUACAUAAAAACUCAUGAAGAUGUGCCCACCAGUGUCCUUAAACAACAGAUUCAGGCUUGCAGUACUAAAAUUGAAACUUUAUCAAACACACUUGUUAGAGUCAUUGGUGACCUCAACACUUUGAAAAAACCAGUUGGCUUAGAGAGUACUAAUACUAGCCUCAGCUUGGAGGACAAUGAAAAAUUUGUAGAGCUUAAAAAGAAGUUGUGCAAUUCACUGGAAGAGCUAGAGACUAUCAGUAAACAGAUUGAACGUGUUAACAAAGAUUUGUCAGAUCAAAAGACAGAAAAUAAGGAAAAAUUAAUUUUCCUUGAAAACAGGCUUAGUAACUUGGAAAAUAAGAUUGCCAACUCUGAUACAGACAUUAAAGCUAAGUUUAUUUCUUUAGAAAAGGAAUGGAACAAAUUUCAAAUAAAUACUAACACUCUGGAACAGAGAAUCAACAAAUCUGAAAAUAAUAUCAACGACAUAGAUCAUAGACUGUGUCAGUUUCAGGAGAAGACAAGCUCAAUUCUAGAAGAAAAAGAAAAAGAGUUGACUGUCAUGUCAGGAGAAAUAAGUAGCACAAUACAAGAUUUAGUUUCCUUGAAAGAAGAAGGUUCCAGCAAGUCAAUUAAAGAUAUGGCAUUGACUAUCAAAGCUUUAGAGGUUUGGGUGAAAGAAGAUCUUCAACAUAAGGUUGCUGAUUUGGAAGAGCCUGUCAAACAACUCCAACUGUUGAAUUUAGAUAAGGCUAUGGAAGAACAUAAAUCUUUGCUUUCUGAUGUCAUUUCUUCACAAUCAUUGCUUGGCACGAAAAUUCAAGAGCUAGAAAAGAAAAUGAAGCCCAGAUUAGUCACUAUUCAACAAUUAUGUGCUAUGAUAAAGAUGGGCUCACGAGUGAAACGUGGACCUAAUUGGAACAAUCAAAUUCAUGGGAAUGCUGAUGGUGCUUAUCCUUCUUUGGGAACUGUUAUCUUAGAGAUUCCAGCUUACAAGAAAUUUAGAGUUAAAUGGGAUAAUGGCUAUGAAAAUAAUUACACUGUUGAUCCGCAGAUGAACUUUUCAGAAAUCCAGCUUGCGUCCCUGCCUGAAAUAGAUUGAUCACGACAAUAUUUCUUGAUAUAAAUUAACCAACUAGAAAGUCUUAUCCUUCCCCCAAAAAAAUUAAGUAGAAUAUCUUUGCUUGAUAAAAGAUAGUGCUUUUUGUCCAAAAUAGAAUGACUAGUCUCUCCCCCUGAAAAUAGAACUUGCUGUAAAAUAUAAAUGUAUAUACUGAUAAAUACUAUUUUAUUUUAAAAUUCCAAAAUAGAAUGACUAGUCUCUCCACCUGAAAAUAGAACUUGCUGUAAAAUAUAAAUGUAUAUGUAUAUACUGAUAAAUACUAUUUUAUUUUAAAUCUAUGCUUAACUUAAACAUUUAGUAGACAUUAUUAAUUCUAAAAAAAACAACAAAAAAAAAAAUAAGGGAUUAUGCUGCGUGUACUUACACUUCUGCUAAAGUUACCAUUGUUCUCAUAAUCAGAACUGUUUAAUAAAUUUCGGGAUAAGUUGAAAUUAGGGUGUCAUGGUCAGCAUAAAAACCACCAUUCACUUUCCCCUGAAAAAAGUAAUGUACCCUAAAGAGUUGAGUUUUUUGGGGCUGUCUUGAUAUCUUAGCUUUAUGUGUAUUCAACCUAAAUAUGACCUUUACAUUCAUUUGUGUGUUAUGGAGGUACAAAAAAAAAAGGCAUUUUUUUAAAUGUCAUCAGCAUACACCACAUGUUGAAACAGACAUAAUUGUAUAAUAAUUGUAUAAUAAUUUAAAAUUAUAUUUUUUUAUGCAAACACAAAAAUAGUUAUUAUUUAUGUACUCUUAAUCCUAAAUAUGUACACAGGAAAAAUUAUUGUGAUUUUCAUGAGAACUUGACUAUCUUUCUAUUAUGUUACUCUCUAUAACUUUCUCUUUCAAUGACACUUCAGACUGUUUGCUCAUUUGUUGCCCAGUUUAUCUUCAGUUCCAUUAUCCUUUAUUUUUUUUAUUGUGCUGUGAAGAGCAGUGUACAUCAAUUGUUUGUUGAGUUGUUUUGGAAUGAAGAGAUUUUUUAAGGUGUAAGGGACUGAAUAGGCACCAGUCAGAAAGAUAUUCUGACUUCAGCAUAUUAUAUGUGGUUGGUUUAAUAGGUGGUAACAGCUAGUUUUCCUUUUCUUGUGCUGUCAUUAUCAGUGGAUAAGAACUUUACUCUCUUCCAUUGAACCCGUUUAUGAGAAUGUCAGAACCUUCAUUUUAAAUGGAUUCUUUAAGUGACAUACCUGUGAGCACUGUAACCAAUUUGUUUCUAGAAUAAUGAAUUUAAAUGUAUUCAUUAUUUCUCUGAACUCUCUUUGAUUGUUAAUUAAUUUGUUAUAAUUUCAACAGUGUCUGAUAGAAGACAGGUAGAGUUUAGGGUUUACAUUCAGUCAUGUUUUACUGGUUCAAGUAUUACAUUUUAACUUAAUGGUAUUUUUAAUCGAAGCUAAUGUAUAUAAUUAUAAUUCUAUAUAUAAAUUUCUAUAAAUCUACAACAAAUUUUAUAGAAUGGGUAUAGUUUUUAAAAAUUCUGCUGACUUGUUAAUUGGAUCAAAUAUUUCACCUGUGAACAUUCCUUUUAAAAAGUAUUCACUUUGUUUCUUAUUAAUGAUCAAUAUUUGCUGCAAUAUAUCUAAACAUGAUUUAUAGUGUAACAUGUCAUUUUUGUCUUUGUGAUAUUGUUGAUUAAUCUUUGUUGACAUUUAAUUUAUAUUUUUUGUAAUAAAUAUUGGUAUUAUUGGUAGCUAGUAAUGAUCAAAAUGUUCCCUAAAAUUAAUGGACAUUUAACUAAUAGUUAUAUUAAAAAAUUGCAAAUAAUUAUAA